UAGCGAACUUGUUUCUACCCGGUCGCUUUCCGCAGACGGACUGAAACAACAUGACAGCAGCAGCUAAUGAAAACAUGACUGUGAAUGUGGGAGAAGGAGCAGAAAGUGACGAAGAGGCCAAACUGCAGAUAUUAAAAGGGGCGGCCUUCCUGACCACGGUGGCGUCUGCAGGGAUGCUGGCAGGAUUCGGCUCCACGUUGGCGCUGGCCAAGAAAAAGAGCCCGGGCUGGUUCAGUAAGGGUGUAGCGGCCACGGCCGCGGCCCCCGAGAGCGGUGCGUCUCUGGCCCUCAGGGCGCUGGGCUGGGGCUCUCUGUACGCCUGGUGUGGCGUCGGCCUGCUCAGCGUCACAGUGUGGAAAGUCCUCGGUGUUCACAGCUUGUCAGAGUUCAGACAGAAGAUGCAGUCUUUCUUCCCGUCCGUCCCCAAAACCUCCGAGGCUGCAGCUGGAGCCCAACAUCUGGACUGGGACUCUGUCUUCAAGUCUAAAUGACCAGCAGCUGGAGCCCAACAUCUGGACUGGGUCUCUGUCUUCAAGUCUAAAUGACCAGCAGCUGGAGCCCAACAUCUGGACUGGGUCUCUGUCUUCAAGUCUAAAUGGUCUGCAGCUGUCUUC